GUGUGUGUGUGUGUGUGUGUGUGUGUGUGUGUGUAUAACGGAGCAGCGGCCACAUCACACAGCGUUUCCCCGCUACAUUGUCGCCGCUCUGUUUUCAUGUCUGCGCGGUGAAGGUACCGGAGCGCGAGGCAGCGGGCGGUUGAUGCGCGCGUGCCGUGUCGUGUCUCAUCACUGAGCCGUUAAAAGCAGCAUUUUCUGUUUCUUCUCCGUCAUUUUGUUCCCUCUGAGUCUCGGAGCUCCUUCAACUCCACUGAGCUGGAGAUUUGUUUGAUCGUGUUUUUUUUUUUUUUUUAACUUCAUUGAUUAUCAUUAGAAGAGUUUUAUUGGGACCCGCAACCGUCAGUCUCCGGAGCAUCAGUGUGAGCAUCACGAGGAGGAAAUAAAGUUUAUAAAUGGUGGAGGCUGUAGUGGAGUUUGACUACCAGGCCCAGCACGAUGACGAGUUGACCAUCGCCAUCGGUGACAUCAUCAGCAACAUCAGGAAGGAUGAGGGGGGCUGGUGGGAGGGCGAGGUGGACGGCCGGAGGGGCCUGUUUCCAGACAACUUCGUUAGGGAGAUUAAAAAAGAGGUAAAGAAGGAGCUCAGCUCGGCCUCUCAAGCGUCCAAAUCAGAUCUGUCCAACGGCAGCCCCAGUCCCAGAUCAGAAUCCAGCAUCAGACCUGCCAAGAAAGGAGAGGCUAUACGGAAGAGACGCUGCAAAGCCGCUUUUAGCUACAUCCCACAGAAUGAAGAUGAGCUGGAGCUCAAGAUCGGAGAUGUUAUUGAGGUCCUGGGAGAGGUGGAGGAGGGCUGGUGGGAAGGAAGUCUCAACGGUAAGAUCGGGAUGUUCCCCUCCAACUUCACUAAAGAGCUGCCAAUUGAAUCAGAGGAUCUGGCAACCCCACCUGAGGAUACACGCAGCACACGGACCAGUGUGAAGGACAGCACAGGCUCAGAGAGUGACGGUGGAGACAGCAGUAGUGUGCGUUCAGAUGCAGGCAGCGCCGCCUCCAGCAGUGAGAUUCAGCCCAAGAAGAUUCGCGGCUUCGGAUUCGGUGACAUCUUUAAAGAUCAGCCCAUUAAACUCCGCCCACGAUCCAUGGACCUGGAAAACGAACUGGAGAAGCUGCCAGUAAAGAAGCCAACGCUGUCUGUUCCUCAGGACACCAUGAAAACAGAACCUGAAAACAAGCCUAAAGCAAAGGAGUUCUGUAAAGUGUUAUUCCCGUACGACGCCCAGAACGAGGAUGAGCUGUCAGUCAAAGAGGGAGACAUCGUUAGCAUCAUCAGUAAGGACUGUGCGGAUGCAGGCUGGUGGCUCGGGGAGCUGAACAGUAAACAGGGUGUGUUUCCCGACAACUUUGUGAAGCUCUUUGUUCCUGAGGUGGAGAAAGAGAGGCCUAAGAAACCGCCUCCUCCUGCAGCUCCUUCCACCAAACACACCACAGACAAAAAGCCAGAGAUUAAAAAGGUUCCUCCUGAGCGGCCCGAGUCUCUUCCACAGCGUGUCGAGGAGAAAGGUGAUGAUAUCAAGUUGGUUGAGGUCCAGCAGAAGCCGGUGCUUCCUGUCUUUCCACCAAAGAAGCCUUUACCCCCAAAGGGCAACGCCUCCAUGAACCGGCCCUCGUCUGUUCCCCCGAAGCGACCCGAGAGACCGGCGGCCCCCAGCAUACAGUCUGACAGUUCUGGUGUAGCUUCAGAUCGGACGUCUUUGGACAAACCGGCUGAAACCGAUAUAGACGAAUUCGACUCCAUCGUCUCAUCCACAGAGAAGCUGAGUCACCCCACUGCCUCCAGACCUCGAGUCACAGACCGAAGACCUCGCUCUCAGAUCUUCACAUCUUCCUCUCUCCCGAGCAAUGACCUCCUGGACUCGCUGUCUACAGAAAACGAACAGAAAGAGAGGGAGAAGGGGAAGGACGAGCCGGACUCAUUCCCUCCCAAAUCUCUGGACAGCACCAGAAAGAUGCCAAAAGCACUGCCUGUCAUCACAGCUCCUGAGAAGUCCUCCAAACCCUCCACUCUAACCACAGCUCCUGGCGCCGUGGCCCUCAGGCCUCACUCUCCCUCCAUGGAGUCCAAGAUGAAGAGUGAGCAGGGUUCAACAGUGAUGGAGGAGCUCAAAAUUCAACUACGAGAGCUGAGGGCCACCGUGGAGCUGAUGAAGAGCCAGCACAAACAGGAGAUGAAACAGCUUGUGAGUGAACUUGACGAGGAGAAAAAGAUCCGCUUGUCCCUGCAGAUGGACGUCGAGAACAUAAAGAAAGUUCUCUCCAAAUAAACGCACGUGAUUCAAAAGGUGGUUGGUGGCAAAUGGCAGAAACUGAAAGGCUGGCUGACGGAUUCGUGCCAAAUAAAGAUAAAGAAAAAAAGCAAGUGAAUACAACAGCAACGAGAAAACAAACGAACGCUUCCUCACUUUACAAUGAUUUUAUUUGAUACUUUUCCAUGGUGUUGAGGAGGAACCAUCUUCUCCUGGUACUGCGACUAGACAGCGACUCCACACUUUAAGUGAUGUGAAGGAGAAGCUGCUGCGUCGGCCUUCAGUCAUUUACCUUAAGAUCUUUUCUUUAAGUCUCUCUUCUUUCACCCUGUCUCUCUCUCCUCUUUCCCUGUCUUUCUCCCUGUCUCUCUCUCUCUCUGUCUCUCUCACACCCUGUCUCUCUCUCUCCCUGUCUCUCUCUCCCUGUCUCUCUCUCUCCCUGUCUCUCUCUCUCUGUCUCUCUCACACCCUCUCUCUCUCUGUCUCUCUCUCUCUAUCUCUCUCUCUCUCUCUCCCUGUCUCUCUCCUCUUGUCCACACUGAGGCCUUCUUUAUUUUUAAUAAAAUCAUGUCUUUUCUUUCGGUCAGCGAUAUGAAGAAAAUGCACAUUUUGUUUUCUUGAUGCUGUUUCUUCUUUUGAGAAAGUCUUAUAUAAACUUUUAUAUUUUAAUGUACGGAAAAUGCAUUUAUGUGUGCAGAUUUUAUUAAAAAAGAAGAUUCCAAAAUA